UAAAUUUCGACGACACAAGCAGUGGCUUACCUUUCUUUCAAUACAGUUCAUAGCACAUCAAAUUGUGAUAGAAUUAUGACGAAUUUCCGUAGCCAUGCAGCGAUCAGAUUUUAAAAUUUUUAAAAACUUCUAAAAGAUCAGAACUAUUGUUAUAAUCUAUCAGGAACGAAAGAACUAAUCGAGAACAAUAAAAUUUUAUAAUAAAAAUUAAUAUUUUCAAAACGUGAAGUGCAAAGUUAAAAUUUUAUUAUACUUUUCAACUGUUAUUCUAUUUAACUCAAUCAUCAGAACUAUUUCUUAAAUCUGUUGAACUAUAUAGAACUAUUGUGGAUACCUAUUAGCGUUCGAAUUUAAUCUUUGACAAGUGGACUCCUUGUCAUAGUGUCGAGGAUAGUGGAAAAUACAGUAAAAAUGGAGAAACGCGCGUUUAUGUGUUUUUUCGCUAUGACAAUUUUUUUUAAGUUCACGUGUUGUUAUGACACGAAGAAAUAUCCGUUGAUCAUGCCAAACGUGAGACCGAAUACACCCGAAUUGUAUCUAUGCACUCCGGUUAGGGUAGACUUUGCAAGAAAUUAUUAUAUUGUUGGUUUCGAGCCAAAUACAACAAUGGCAAUAACUCAUCAUAUGAUGGUCUUCGGUUGCAAGAAACCAGGUAGCUCAAAGUUAGUUUGGGACUGUGGAGAAAUGUCGAAUACUAACAAUAAGGCAGAUACUGCGCCUCCUUGUGCAGAAGGAACUCAGGUCAUUUUUGGAUGGGCACGGGAUGCUCCUAAAUUCGAUCUACCAGAAGGUGUGGGUUUUAAAGUAGGCGGCGAUUCUCUCAUCCAAUAUCUCGUAUUGCAAGUGCAUUACGCACACGUUGAAGACUUUAAGGACGGCAGAACAGAUGAUUCAGGCGUAUUUCUGCAUUAUACUACGCAAAAAAUAGAUAAGCUGGCCGGAGUUAUUGCGUUAGCAACAGGCGGUUUUAUACCGGCUAAGGAAACGGCACAUAUGGAAUCGGCUUGUUCUAUAACAGAAAAUAAAACUAUUCAUCCAUUCGCAUUUAGAACGCACACCCACUCGCUUGGAAAAGUCGUGUCCGGUUACGUAGUGAAGCCGAAUAACAAUUGGAUUGAACUUGGUAAGCGAGAUCCACUAAAACCUCAGAUGUUUCUUCCCGUUACCCACAAAAUUCCAAUCACAUAUGGUGAUACGUUAGCUGUCCGUUGUACAAUGAAAAGUACACGCGAUAGAACUACGUAUGUAGGCAGUACAAAUAAAGAUGAAAUGUGUAACUAUUAUAUUAUGUAUUACGUCGAUGAAGGCACUCCGCUUAAACGAAAAUCUUGUUUUACCCGUGGACCUCCUUUGUAUUACUGGAAGCAAGAGUUAAGUAACAUUCCUGACAGAGAAGCAUCUAUUUUAUAAUAUAACAAAAAUUGUCAUUUGGCACAAAGAAAGAGGUAUACCGAUUUUGUUUUAUGAAAGAGGAUUAGAUAAAAUCUCAAUAGUUUUGCAGAUUAUUUAAAUGCAUUUAAAUCGAGUUCAUCAAUGGUAUGGUUGAUAUUGAAAAUUGUAUUGCUUUAAUAUAAUUUAUGACAGAUUAUUUUAGAUCUUUUAAUAGUUCAUUAUUUAGUUUAAUAUUACUAAUAGUUUAUUAUUAUUCCUGAUGCAACUUCUACCAAUUUAAUUUAUUCUAUUGUUAUGCCUUGAGUUUCGGGUACUGUUUAAUUCUGAUGCAUCUUUGUUAGAGGUGUUAUCUCAGCAAAAUAACUAUUAUUUACUCAUCGUACACACAAAUUAUUCUGAAUUAAUUUUUUACUUGUAUCUUUUUAAAUGAUUAUAAGCGUUUUGUGAAUUCUAUAAUUAAAAGUAUAUUGUACUUAUUUUAUUUAAAAUUUUGAAGGACUCGAUAUUAAUUUAUAACAUUUGAAUUAACUCUUCUUAUCAAUUCUUAUAAAUGUGGCACAUGAUCAUUCAAAUUACUUAUAUAUGCUGCGUCAUUAUACCGAUGGACUAUAUGUAAUAACGACGUUAUUUACAUUACUCGGCACACUGUUAUCAAACAUUAUAUUUUAAAUAUUAUUAAGCAUAUAACUAUCGUUCCCGUUACGUCAAACUCGCUAACUAUAUUAUUAAUAAAGAAAAUCGCGUAGCGCGUCCAAACUUUUGACCGAUACUGUAUAUAUAUAUAUCAAAGCGUAUAUACGCCCAUACAGAUACAAAAAGGUAUCAUUAAACUUCGGCCUAAUUGCAGUUAAUAUUUAUUAUUACGUACAUGUAAUUUGAAAAAAUUAAAGAAAUUAUUAAAGACA